AUGUCAAGUAGUACAUAUCCUAUACUUUCCACUACAAUACCUCUUUAUAAUACUCUUAUAGAUCAUACAAAAGAAAUUAUUAAUACAGAAAAUAUUAUUUCAAUUAAAGCAGCAGCAGAAAAGUGCAAAGAAAAAUUGUUAGAAAUUUCUUCAAUUUACAAUACAUUUUAUACACCUACUUUAUCUGAGGUUUCAAAUAAAAAUGAAUCUUUUGAACAGAAAAAUUCUAUUAUAGAACAUUUAUUCAAAAAGUGCUGUAUAGAAAAAAUAGACAAACUUCAAGUAUAUCUUUCUUUACCUACAGUUAAUGAAACAGUGAAUUCUCUUGAAUGGUGGAAAAGUAAUAUGAGCCAAUUUCCUCAUCUUUCUAAAAUAGCAUGUGAUCAUUUGUCAAUACCAGCAACCAGUGUAUCAUCAGAACAAUGUUUUUCAAUUAGCAAAAAUUUAAUUACAGACAAUAGAAAUCGGUUAGCAGGUAAAACUGUAAGAGUUUAUAUGUGUUUAAGAUCAUGGUGA